AUGUGCAUUUGCGAGGCAAUGUCUGAGCCGAGAAGCAAUGAGACUGAAUUGGUGAAGAAAUACGUGCGCAGAAAAGCCAAGAGUGACAGCAGCGAGGCUGCCAAUGCCAUGACGAGUGGUGGGCGAGGUGAGGGCCGUUGGACCAAGGGACUGCCUUACAUCGCCAUCCCCGAGCAGGUUAACGUGCAAAGUCUAGAGCAGGCAGGUGCAUGGCUUUCUGAGACGGUCCAAACUGUUUGA